AUGUCUUCUUUAACGUUAAAAAAAAUAGAAGACCUUUUAAGUAAAAAGAACUUUAAGCAACUUUCAAUUUAUUGUAAUAGAGACAUAACAAAUUUACCAAAAAUUGUAGAUUUUAUAAAGGAACCAACUACUUAUAAAAAAAAUGAAGUUUUAAAACUCGCUUUAAACAUGGAUAUACAAAUUUCUACAGAUACAAUGUUGUUUUUUGUGGUACAAACGUGGGUGUUAGCAAUAUUAAGUAAUCCUUUUGAUUGGUAUAAAGUUUUAGAUGAUGAAACUAAAAAUGUACUUUAUAAUUAUGUUUAUAAGAAUAUAAUUCAACAAAAAUUAUCUUUAAAAAUAUGUGUAUUGUUUUUACCUCUUGAAUUUAUUGUUGAAAAAAAUAUUUUUGAUUUUUAUGAAGUUUUAAAAGAAGAAAGCAAAAACAAAAAAUUAGAUAAAGGCAUUAUUUCUGCAAUUAUACAAACUUUAUCUAAACAAACAAAUUUAUGCAAAGAAAGUAUAAAUAGAGUGGAAAAAAAUAAUUUGCAUACAUUUAGUAAAAUUUUAACAAAGCUUUUUUCAGAUGAAAAUGAUCCUUAUAUACUUAUGUGCAAGUUUAAAAUUUUGUCGCACCAGUAUAAAUAUCAUCCCUCAAUUAUAAAACUUGAUCUUUUCUUUCAAUAUCUAAAUUAUAAUAAUUUUAAAUUUGGCUAUGUUUUGUGCAGAUCUUUUUUAAGAGUAUUUAGAUUUUUUAAAUGUAAAACAAUCUGUGAAAAUUUAUUGCAAAACUUGGAUACGAUUUUUGCUAACGAGAUGCUGUGGAUUAAUUCUUUUCAUAUUUUAGGAUCUCUUAUUUUUAAGCACUACGAAAUUGAUAUUAAUCCUUCGAUUAUUCAGAAAGCUAUUUUUUAUAACUGUGAUGAUGUAAAUUACAGAAGUUCUUUAUUGAGAGAAUAUACUUUGUUUUUGAUAUAUGCAAUUAUUCGAAAUAAGAGUUCUGACUUUUUAAUUAAUAUUUUAAUAUAUGUAUGUAUAUUUGAUAAAGAUUUUAAGAUAAGAAGGAUAGCCGCUUCAAUUUUAUCGGAAUUAUUAAAUAUUGAUAUUUGUGUAAAAAGAACUGAAGAUUUAUUAAAAUCUUAUGAUUCUAUUAGUAAAGUUUAUAAUAUACAAAUUCAAAAGUACAUAGAAAAUAAUAAUAAUGAUAUUAAUUUCUUAGAAUUACGCUCACAUAUUAUUAUCAAAUACGGUUAUUUAAUACAAAAAAAGAAUACAUAUGAAACAAUUUUUGACUAUUUAGAUCUAGGUUUUAAAUUUAAGUUUACAAUUUUGUAUGAAAAAGACAUAAAUUUUUUGAUAAGUUUUUUUAAUGUCGAUAUUAGUACUUUAUUUAGAUAUCGUUUUAUAGAGAAUUUAAUUGAUUUAUAUUUAGAAGUUUUAUUUCUCGUUUCAAAAGAUAAUAAAUUGCAAAAUAGCAGUAUUAUGCAUGAAAUAAUACACAAAAAACAAACUAUUGACAAUGUUAUUUUUAUAUUAUCUAAAAACAUAAAAAAUUCGUUGAUUUUUCAGCUUAUUUGGAUUAUUGAUUCUAAAAUUGUUUAUGAUUAUAUUUUUAAAAAUAGAAAGAAAACGAAUCAUAAUAUUAUUAUUGGUAACAUAAGAAACAAUAAUAAUAUUGACACUAUAAUUUCAGAAUAUAAAUCUAUUAUUAAGUUGAAUUCAAAUAUUGAUUACAUUACUGCAAUUUACAAAUCCUUGUCAUUUUACCAAGGUGAUAUUCAGUUAUUUAAAAAUGAAAUUUUAAUAGGUUUAGAAAAUUAUUAUCUAAACAGUCAUGGAGAUGUAUGCUACAAAAUAAGAUUAGAAUGUUUACUUCUCUGUCAGUUUGAUAAGGGUCUAUUUAACAAAUAUUUGGUUAGAUAUUUAGUUGAUAAAAGUAAAUAUAUCAGAGAUUAUUUAUUUGACAAUUUAAAAAAAUACAAAGAUAUUAUUAUUGGUUAUGAUAUUUUAUGUAAAAAGGAUAUUUAUAUUAUUAUCGAAAAUAUUAAUUUAUUUGAUGAAUUGAAUAUUACUAUAGGAGUUUUAGGAUAUAUUUCUACUUGUGAUAAUUUUGAUUUAGUUAAAAUACUAGAUUUAUUUAUUUUUAAGCUAGAGAUAUUUGACAGAAACAUUAAGAAACUUAUACAACAAAGAUAUACAAGAGUAUUUAAAUAUAUUUUUAAUUUAAUUGACCUUCUUUAUGAAAAAAAUGUAAAAAGAUUUAUUAAAGAAUGGAAUGAAUUAUUGAAAAAUUAUGAUAUAGAAAGAUAUACAUUUAAUAAUACAACAAAAUUUAAUUUUAAAUAA